AUGCGUUUCCAGACUGCCAUUCUCGCCAUCUUUGCCGCGGCUCAGCUUGGCUUGGCCGCCCCAGCCAGCGGUGCUGAUGACGGCACGACCCAUCACCUGGAGGCCCGUGAUCGGAGGUCUGAGUGCGAGGAAAAGUGCUUUGCGGAAAAGAGGGCGCAGUAUAAGGUAACAACACUUACAAUUUCGCAAAAGGCCGCCUGCUACAGCAGAUUUGAUGGCACAUCCGACGGACGGCAGUGA